AUAUUGACUUAUUAUAUUUAAUUGACCUAAUUAGGAGAACGCGGUGCAGUUUUUUCAUUAGUUGUCUGCUGUUCUCAUCGCUUGUCGUGAGAGGCAUUUUAACUGAAAGGCUUUGCGUAGGAAAUUAAUAAUGCUUUUAUUUUGCACAACAUUUGGGUCGUCUUUCAAACAUUCUUGAAGAGCGAUCCUGUCCUUCACUGCUUCGGUAUUUGCAAAAUCACCAUGAUGUCAAUGUCGCUAAAUACGUUAAAACAGUUCAUGAGAGCGAUGGUGGACGGUCCUGGAUUCGACCGGGUUUUAAGUAAGGUGGAGAUACUGUCCGCAGUGCCCGGGAAAGUGGUGUGCGAGCUGAAGGUGGAGGAGGAGCACACGAACAGACUAGGCACUCUUCACGGAGGUCUGACCGCUACCCUGGUGGAUGUGAUCUCUACCACUGCCAUCAUGUACAGCGAGAGAGGAGCUCCCGGGGUCAGCGUGGACAUGAACAUAACAUACAUGAAUACAGCUAAAAUUGGAGAAGACGUCCUGAUCACAGCUCAGGUUUUAAAACAAGGACGGACUCUGGCAUUUGCAACAGUAGAUCUCACCAACAAGUCGAAUGGAAAACUGAUUGCUCAGGGAAGACACACUAAACACCUCGGUAGUUGAUUACGUACAUGCCGUGUAACUGACAUGAAACGUGUUGUUUUUUUGUUACGUAAACUCCAGCAUAAAAUCUUUGCACUGUGUUAGGAUAUGUUCAGCAGUGUUUAUUUCAACAGAAUUAUUCAAACAAUGGGUACAUCAAAAUAAAGACAAAGACCCACCUUCCCCUUCCAGCGUGAACUCAGAAUUUCAAAAAGGGGGGGAGGGAAAGUAAUAUUUUUAUGCCUUAAGAACGGACAAAGAUGGCUUACAGAUACCAAGUCCCAAGCAUUGCAAUAUUUAGUACUCUCAGAACAGGGUGGGUGAGAAACCAAUCCGUAAUGAUCCAUUUCAAGUUUCACUACGAAAUUUCUCAUUAGGUACACAAGCUUGAACAUCAGUCAUCACAUACCCACCACCAAUGAUUACAUCUGGUAUCAGUAGCUCGUAUGUAUAUAUAGUGCAUGAGUUGUUUAACUGGUGACAAACUACCAUCCCAAUAAUCCCAAGAAAAAUAAAAACAGCAUCAGAAAUACUCCAAAAAGACAGUUUGUCAACCAUUUUAGAUAUACGUGACACCUCACCUCCGUCCCCAUCAGGCAACACUUUUCCUCCAGAAAUGAUAAAACGAACAAGGUUUGUCAUAUUAUAGGCAAGGAAUGACACUCAAAUUAAAAUGUCCAGCAAAAACUAAGGCAGUAACUGAAUGAGAAGCAAUGCCUACACCAAAUGAGUUAACAAGUAUUGUUCACCUUGUAAUAAAGCCUUUUGAGGAAGACUACCCAG